CGGAUGCAAUCGAGUUUCCGAGGUCAUCAUCAGCGAUGGCCGCCCGAAGCGCCGCCAUGCCGGGCGACAGCGUGUCCUUUGAAGCGCUCGUGGAGAAGCAGUGGUCGGCGACGGCGCCGACGCCCGCGGGCCGCCACGUGCCCAAGAAGCCCUUCCUCAAGAAAGGAGCGCGUGGGUGGUGGAAGGACAACAUCCCGGCCAAGAGGAAACCCUACGUCUUGACGAGCGAGGGCCAUGAGCUCUCGGCGCCAGCCGCGGCUGCUCCGCGCCCGAGCGCUCCAAGUACGGCGGCCGCAAAGAGCCGCGCCGACACCUCGAUGCGGUCCGAGCCAUCCAUGGACCUCAUGCAAUCGUACGACUGGAAGAUGCAGCAGGAUGCAGACGACCUCGAAGAGUUCGAGUACCUCGAGCAAGCGAUGCUCGCGCAGUCGAGCCCGGCGAAAGACUCGUUUCUUGACGAAUACGAAGAUGGCCGCCUGGCGCCGGAGCUCCUGCCGCGCCAGGACGACGAGUACGCGCCCGCGUGGGAGAAGGCGUUGUACGGCUCCGAGGACAAUGCAGACGACUCGCUCCUGUUUGACGAGUGGCGCAAAGGUAUCCUCAAGAACGACGAGCCCGAACUUCAAUUUUCCUCGAUUCACGUGCCGGCGCCCGAAGAGAACGUCGACCAGGCUUUGCACUAUGGCAGCCUCAACAUGAGCGAGCUCAGCGUCGCCGACUCGGAGCCGUGGGACGUCGACAUCUCCCGUCCCCUUGAAGCCCACCGCGCGCAGGAGGACGCCCCUGCCCCGCCAGCUUCGCCGCCCGCGCCGUCCCUCGUCCAGCAACUCUUCCAGAAGCCGCCACCGGCAGCCGCGAGCAAGCCGCCGCCUCCGACAUCGUCGCUGCAGACGCUCAAGCUCAAGCUGCAGCAAAAGGCCACCGUGGCGCCCAAGCCAAAGCCAGCAAAAGCCACCAUGCCGCCAAAGAAGAAGGCAGAGCCGACGCCAUCUCGUACACCGGCGCCGGCACCAACUUCGAUCAUCCCGUCCGUCAUUGACGACAAGCUCCAGGAGCUCGAAAACGAGGUCAAGCACUACAAACAAGAGACGCUCAAGCUCCAAAAGCGUCGCGAAGCUCUUGAAGCCGACCAGCGCAAGCUCGAUGUCGCGAGGCAAGACUGGCUACAAGAGAAGAAACGGGCGCAGGACGAGCUCGAGACCGAGUGGAAGCAGGUGCGCAAGGAGAAGCGCAGCCUGGACCAGACGCUAAAGAUGGGCGUCGGACUCCUUCCCGACCGCAAGGAGCGCGCAGAGGUCGAUGCGCUCAAAGCCCAAAUCGUCAAGAUGAAGAUGGACGAGGCAGCCAAAGCCAACAAGCAGAAAGCCACGAUGGAGUUUUUCCGCCAGCGCAUUGCGGAGCUCGAAGUACGCAACCAAGAGCUGCGGGAUGAGCUCAAGUUUAUGGAGCAAGAACGACUGGCACACUGGAACUGGUCACCCGAGCCAUCGGCAUCAACAACGGCGACAACAGCCAAGAGGCCGCCUUCAGAGCCAACCGAGGACGACGACGUAUAUGACCCCCACGUGUACCAAGACCGUCCCGUGCGCGCCGUGACGCCGGAUCUCCUCGACACGUCGCGGUCCAGCAAAGAUGACGUGCUCGGGUGGCAGUCGAGCUCCAUGGCGGCACUUGCAUCGUCCGGCUCCCAUGCGUACGACGCGUCCGGAGUCGUGCCGCCGCCGCCCGCCGAGCCACCCGCCGCCGUCGUUCCAUCCCCAAAGAAGAAGAAGGAGACGCCGUCCUUCGAAGAGAUUCGGCACCCCAAGGGCAAGCUGGAGCGGCGCUUUGCCAUGGGCCCGAUCGCCAAGACGUUUGUGUUUGCCAAUGGCACCGAGAAGGACGUGUUUGUCGACGGCCACUCGGUCGUGCGCUUCGCCAACGGCGACAUCAAAGAGACCUAUGCGGACAAAACCCUUUACUACUACGCUGCCGCGCAGACCACGCACACGACGCUCUCGGACGGAACUCAGAUCUUUGAGUUUCCGAAUCAGCAGGUCGAGACGCACUAUGCGUCGGGGGCCAAGGAAAUCUCGUUUGUCGAUGGCACCACCAAGCGCAUCGAGGUCAAUGGCGACGAGGUGAGUCUCUUCCCGGAUGGCACACGCAUGCUCGAGCAAGCCAACGGCUUUCGCGAAGUCACCAACCCGGAUGGCACCAAAGCCCGCGACUACCCCGACGGUCGCACGACAUGGGUCACCGCCGCCGGCGUCGAGACAGCCGUGCUUCCUGUGCCGCAAAAGCUCGGGCUGUCACCCAACGCUGUUAAUCGUCGCCAAUAGAUCUAGUCCUAUGAGCUAUCUGUCA